AGUUACCAGAGUGUGAGCAGCACGGAUCAGUGCCAGAGAGAGAGAGAGACAGAGAGACAGAGCGAGGAACGAAUCUAUUGCUACAUGCCGCCGUCCCUGCUGCUGCUACCUUACGGAAAAUUAUAACGCAUCGGUCCUCAAGGAAAACGGUCAAUUCUAUCGGAGUCUUCAUAAAGGACGGGAUUUAAACGAUGUACCGUUCGGGAGGCGUGAUGCUGGCGCUUCUCGCGGCUGUGCAGGUGGCGGUCCAGGGCACAGAGGCGAUGCCGUGUCAGCCUGGCUUCUUGGAGACACAGUACGACAUCAUGACCGGUGAUGUCAUCACUGAGGGACAAGUUCUACUCAAAGUGGAUUUUGUGGACUGUGGCAGAGGUUCCGGCUUGCGCUUCGAGAGUGGAGACCCAGCAGAUUUUCGGAUAGAAGCCGAUGGGACAGUAUUUGCAGCACGAACCCUACAGCUCUCCGACAGUAUGGGGCGGAGCUUGGAGAUUAAGGCCAAGGACAUGAAAUCUCAAGAACAGUGGCUGGUACAUGUAAACUUCACCCAGUCCGACAAGGUGCCAGAGAUAUGGUUUCCACAGCACAGUAUGGUUGUCAUGGGUGACGGCAGUGUGAAUCGUGUGAAAAGAGACUGGGUCAUUCCACCUGUCAACGUGCUCGAAAACUCCAGAAAACAAUUCCCUGAAGAGCUUGUCAAAAUCCAGUCUGACAAGGAUAAGAGUAACUCACUACGCUACAGUGUGACCGGGCCAGGCGCUGACCAAAACCCCACCGGCCUGUUUAUUAUUGACCCCAUUUCAGGAAUCCUGUCUGUCACCAAACCACUUGACAGAGAACAUAUCCCCAACUUCCAUCUACGUGCUCAUGCCGUGGACAUUAACGGGAACCAGAUGGAGAACCCCAUCGACAUCAUCAUCAAUGUCAUUGACAUGAACGACAACAGGCCCGAGUUCACACACCAGAUCUGGAACGGGACAGUGGAUGAGGGUGCUAAACCAGGUACAUUCGUGAUGACAGUGACCUCCCAGGAUAAGGAUGACCCAAAUACAGCCAAUGGGAUGCUCAGAUACAAGAUCCUCUCCCAGACCCCAGAGAGCCCCUCCUCCAAUAUGUUCACUAUCAACAACAAGACGGGCAAAAUCAUCACUGUAGCUGCAGGCCUGGACCGAGAGAAGGUGCCUCAGUACACCCUGAUCAUCCAGGCCACCGAUAUGGAGGGAAACCCCAUGUAUGGUCUGUCCAACACCGCCACUGCUGUCAUACGCCUGCUGGAUGUCAAUGACAAUGCUCCAGAGUUCACCCGAGAAACUUUUCAUGGUGAUGUCCCUGAGAACCGUGUGAAUGUGAUAGUGGCAAAUCUUACUGUGACAGACAAAGACGAACCGGGAACUCCUUCCUGGAAUGCGGUUUACCGGAUCAUAUCUGGGGAUCAAUCCGGACGCUUCUCAAUCCCUACUGACCCUGUUACCAAUGAAGGACUUGUUACUGUGGUCAAGCCAAUUGAUUUUGAGAUGAAUCGAUCAUUCAUGCUGACUGUUAUUGCUGAAAAUGAGGUGCCACUGGCGAGCGGGAUCCAUCGCACCCGCCAGUCUACAUCCACCGUGUCCAUACGCGUCAUCGACGUGAAUGAAAGCCCAAACUUUGACCCCAACCCCAAACAGAUCAAACUGGAGGAGGGUCUGCCAGCAUGGUCGAUGCUAACGACUUUUACAGCACAUGAUCCAGAUAGAUACAUGCAGCAAAGUAUUAGGUACUCUAAGCUGUUUGACCCUGCCAAAUGGCUCGAGAUUGACCCUAGCAAUGGCCGAAUUUCCACUAUUGCUGUAUUGGACCGCGAGUCUCCCUAUGUCAAAAAUAACCUCUACAAUGCCACAUUCAUGGCCUCCGACAACGGUGUUCCUCCUGCGAGCGGGACAGGAACUCUGCAGAUCUACUUGCUGGACAUAAACGAUAACGCUCCUCAAGUCUACCCUCAGGAAACAGAAGUGUGUGAGCGCCCCGAGCCCAAUGCCAUCAAUAUUACAGCAGUAGACGGAGAUCUCAACCCCAAUGCUGGGCCUUAUGCCUUCGAACUGCCCAACCGACCCUCAGAUAUCCGCAGGAACUGGACAAUGACUCGAAUCAGUGGCGAUCAUGCUCAGUUGAGUCUGAAGAUCAGUUAUCUGGAGAGCGGGAUUUAUGAGGUGCCCAUCAGCAUUACAGACUCUGGCAACCUACCCAUGUCCAACACCACCUUCCUGCGCAUCAAAGUGUGCCAGUGCGAUCACCACGGUGACUGCGUGGACAUGGAACGCAUAAUGGCUGCCGGGCUGGGCACCGGAGCCAUCAUUGCCAUUCUCAUCUGCAUCAUCAUUCUGCUGGUGCUGGUGUUGAUGUUUGUGAUGUGGAUGAAGAGACGGGAUAAAGAGAGACAGGCCAAGCAACUGCUGAUCGAUCCAGAGGAUGAUGUGCGAGACAACAUUCUCAAAUACGACGAGGAGGGUGGUGGAGAGGAGGACCAGGACUAUGAUCUGAGUCAGCUGCAGCAGCCCGAUACUCUGGAGCCAGACAUGAUUAAGCCAGUUGGUAUCCGCCGUCUGGAUGAGCGGCCCAUGCAUUCGGAGCCCAACUAUCCUCUCCGCUCAGCCGCGCCCCACCCUGGAGACAUAGGAGAGUUCAUCCACGAGGGUCUAAAGGCAGCAGACACCGAUCCCACGGCUCCUCCGUAUGACUCCCUGCUGGUCUUUGACUACGAGGGCAGUGGCUCCACGGCCGGGUCACUCAGCUCCCUUCACUCCUCCAGCAGUGGAGGCGAUCAGGACUAUGACUACCUCAACGACUGGGGCCCUCGCUUCCGCAAACUCGCCGACAUGUACGGAGGCAACGACGACUAGCUACGCCAUCAACGCAGGACCACAGCAAGUAAGAUAUAGGAGGAGGAAGAAAAUUAAAAGAAAAAACCAUCAAAAAAACAGUGUGGCACUUUUUUUUUAAUGCGGGAUGUGGACAGUGUGCUGAAUUAAAACAACGAAGAAACCAAUAUACCCUAGAGAGAUAGCAAAUGAAGACAGAGAAAUGAAAACAAAGUGGAAGGAAGAUCACCAUGGCAACAAAACCAGGUCUCUCUGAGGCCCUCUGUUACAGAUGGAGGGGGUCUAAUGAAGGAAAUGUGACUAGUCCCAAAUUUUUUUGCCUAAGUUUGAAGGAUCAUCGGUACAAAAUGUAUGAAGGAACGCUAAAAGAACGUUUAAAUGAAUGCUAAGUUACACUUGAAUCUCACAGUACAGAAGCACUGGGAUAUUAUGUGCCUUUUUGUAAAUCUUUUGUUGUUACAUUUUUCUUCCUUAUUUUGGUCUUUGUUCAUUUGAUCUGACAAUGUUUUUUUUCUGUUCGAUGGCUUUGAUGGCUCAGAGUUUUGGAGUGUUUUUUUUUUUUUUACGUGAGCCUGUUUAUAAUGUUUAUGCUUCUACACGCUUUUGUUUGCAUUUCUCACCAUCAUACUGUUUGUUCACGUCACGUAUCAAAAUGAAGACUUUGGAAGAUUGCGAACGGUUAGACAGAGAGAACAGCUUUGUACAGUUUGCUAGAAAAUAGUUUUCAGUUUCUUGUUUUUGUUGAGUUUCCUUUUUUUAUAUAUAUAUACAUAAUUUUCCACCAAAAUGUUAACUUAUGCAGCCGGUUGCUAAAUGGGAAACAAGCAUUAUUAUUUGUAGCACAACUCUUCAUUUUAUUCAUUUAUUCUCUCUCUCUCUCUCUCUCUCUCUCUCUUUACAAUUUUUGAAGUGAUUUAAUAUUUUGCAAAUAAUAACAUGUCAUAAGCCUUAGUCAUACUGGUAUUCUUUCAUUUUUUACUCCACUGUAAAUUAAAUGGUGUGUACAUAGUUUUUUGUUUUGUUUUUUCUCUUUUGAUGUAGUCUAUGAAAAAGAACAGGGCGUGAAGAACUUGUAAAUGUAUAAUUUGGACUACAGACAAAAGAAUUUUGCAUGUUUUUAUCUUUUCCAUAUAAAACAGUUUUUCUGAAAUUUAUUUACACACAAAUAAAGAAUUGCCCACAUCUAAUACAACAAAGAGACUGAAGCAAAAUAAGUGAGACUGUAGUUUGGUCCAGAUACAUGUUACUUUCAUCCCUCCUUUUUGUAUAACGUAACAUUCCUUAUUCUUUUCGCAUUCAAUCUCUCAUUUGAUUGCUUGAUGUCUGUCGUCAAGGAUUCCAUCUUGACCUUCCACAUCCUUCUUUGUUCUUUUCUUCUACGUUCCUCAUUUCCAUUGUCUUCUCCCCUGGGCCACUCUCAUGGAUCAAAGAGUUCGAGUGACGUUCAAGGCUGUGGGGCCAUAUUUCUAAAUACACCAAUCCUUUGGGAUCUUCAUGUUUGGACUAAACUAUAGUGGUGGACUGAAGCCCUCGUCAUAGCUGUCUCUGCCUAUUAGAGAUCCGUGCUAGUGUGUGUGCGUGUGUGUAUUGCUGAAUGCUGUUAGAGAGGGUCUGUGGAAUGCCAAUUAAAAGCGCAGAAUGGAAGCAAGAAGCCAGUCCACUCACAAGGCCGACAGCCAUAGGAUGAUCAACAACUUUUUAAUGAAAGUUGGCUGUGCAAAGUUAUGUGGGCACUGUUUGCAAUUACUUGUUGAUAUUUUGACCCACUGCAGCCCAAAUGACCAAUAAAACUCUAAUUUUGGAA